AUGUCUCUCUCUUCCACCCUUCUAUCCCGUCUCAGCUUGUAUCGCCACUCGACUGAUGCGAAGGACGAAACGGCCAGUAUUGUUUCGUCACAGGGCAGUUGUUCGUCGUCUGGAAGCUCUUCAAUGAGUUCUUCAGUCGAGUUGUCGGUCUCAGACCGAUCACUUCGCCCGUUAGACUGCCAGUUUCCUCGUACAAGACAGCACGAGCAUUUGGCAGUCUUAAUCCCGAAACACUUGUGGAAGCCUGACGCGCAGGCAUCUCAUUGUGAUAUCUUUCGGUGCCACAAGAAGUUCUCAAUGUGGGAGCGAAAGCAUCAUUGUCGCAAAUGUGGCGGUUUUCUGAACCCACCCCGCGAUAUCCCCAUUGCGGUGUUCGAUUCUCCGACGUCCCCAGUGCGUUCCUGGCGCGUCUGCGACGACUGUUGGUAUCAGAUCCACGGUUGCCCCAGUCCGCGACCUUCCGUGAUCAAGACCCGCCCGCUCGCGCUUGUGCGCGAGUCCGAUUCCGAUACUUCCUCCAUUUCAUCCUCAGUAUCCUCGUCACCCGAGAUGUCGACGCUCCGCCCGUCGAUGCGCCGGAUACACGCGUCGCCGCGCAUACUUCAUUCGCCCUUACGCCCGAGUACGCCUUCAUCAUCGCCGCCCAGUGUCGUGGGAGCGCUCAUCGAAGACGCGGAGCUUAGUUUAGGCGAGCUCGAGUCGUACCCACUCAAACAUUCGAGCGUCGUGUGCAAGGCGAACGGCGGAGGACGGUGGGAGCCGAAGCCUAUCGUGGCGCUCGUGUCUGAUAGGCUGCCCGGUGGAAAGGCGCCAUAUGAGAUUGAGCUUGAGCGGGAGGAGGAUGAGAUCCGCCGCCGCCGCGCUAACCCCAUCAUUCGCAAUGGAGACUUCCAGCUGCGUGCCCCUCGCGAAGUCGAGCCGCGCUCGCCAGCCGGCCCCAUUUGCCUCUCUACAUUCUGA